GUGUUGGAAGUGCCACACACGAACCCAAGUGGGGAGAAUAAUAUAAACUUUACACAAAAAGCGACUAUAUAUCAAGGGACUUCACGUUGAACUAUAUCAUAACAAAGAAGAGAAACUAAAAGAGCAGCUACGGGUAGAAUGAGAUCCCCAAAAAUUAUGGGAUUAGGGCAUUGCAUGGUUUAUGUUGUGGUCUUUAGCGCCAUCGUAGCUGCAGCUUACCCUUAUGAAUCUCCCCCAACAACACAGAAAUAUCCCCCAGUCCAUAAAACCAAAUCACCAUAUCCCCCCAAAAUGAAUUCCCCAUAUUACUCGGCACCACCAUCUCCUCCACCACAAUAUAGAAGACAAGGCCCUAAAUAUACCCCACAUCCAAAACCAUAUAUCUACAGUUCUCCACCACCUUCGUCAUACUACUCUCCUUCCCCGAAGGUCGAAUACAAAUCUCCACCACCGCCUUACGUCUACAGCUCCCCACCACCUCCACCAUACUACUCUCCUUCCCCGAAGGUAGACUACAAGUCUCCACCACCGCCAUAUGUAUACAGCUCUCCACCACCGCCACCAUACUAUUCUCCUUCCCCGAAGGUAGAGUACAAGUCUCCGCCACCACCAUACGUUUACAACUCUCCACCACCUCCACCAUACUACUCUCCUUCUCCUAAGGCCGAGUACAAAUCUCCACCACCACCAUAUGUCUACAGCUCCCCACCACCUCCGCCAUACUACUCUCCUUCACCAAAAGUAGAGUACAAAUCUCCACAACCUCCAUACGUCUACAGCUCCCCACCACCUCCACCAUACUACUCUCCUUCCCCAAAAGUCGACUACAAGUCUCCACCACCGCCAUACGUCUACAGCUCUCCACCACCUCCACCAUACUACUCUCCUUCCCCGAAGGUAGACUACAAGUCUCCACCACCGCCAUACGUAUGCAGCUCUCCACCACCGCCACCAUACUACUCUCCUUCCCCGAAGGUAGACUACAAGUCCCCACCACCACCCCCACCAUACUACUCUCCUUCUCCUAAGUUCGAAUACAAAUCUCCACCACCACCAUACGUGUACAGCUCCCCACCACCUCCGCCAUACUACUCUCCUUCUCCGAAGGUAGAGUACAAGUCUCCACCACCUCCAUACGUCUACAACUCCCCACCACCUCCACCAUACUACUCUCCUUCCCCAAAAGUUGACUACAAGUCUCCACCGCCACCAUACGUCUACAGCUCACCACCACCACCACCAUACUACUCUCCUUCCCCGAAGGUAUACUACAAGUCUCCGCCACCGCCAUACGUAUACAGCUCCCCACCACCUCCACCAUACUACUCUCCUUCGCCAAAGAUGGUCUACAAGUCUCCACCACCGCCAUACGUCUACAGCUCCCCACCACCUCCACCAUACUAUUCUCCUUCCCCGAAGGUAAACUACAAAUCUCCACCACCACCAUACGUCUACAGCUCCCCACCACCUCCACCAUACUAUUCUCCAUCCCCGAAGGUAAACUACAAGUCUCCACCACCGCCAUACGUCCACAGCUCACCACCUCCUCCACCAUUCUACUCUCCUUCCCCGAAGGCCGAAUACAAGUCUCCACCUCCGCCAUACGUGUACAGCUCCCCACCACCUCCACCAUACUAUUCUCCGUCGCCAAAGGUUGACUACAAGUCUCCACCACCGCCAUAUGUCUACAGCUCCCCACCACCUCCACCAUACUACUCGCCUUCCCCAAAAGUUUACUACAAGUCUCCACCACCUCCACCAUAUGUCUACAAAAUGCCCUACUACUAAUUUUUAAAUUGUUUCUUUAACAAGCAACAUGAUUCAUUGCUAUUGUUUUUUUGAUGAAAUUGUCUUUUGAUUUUCUGUUGUUGUUGUUGCUUCCUCUAUUUUAUGGUUUUAUAAUACCAAUAAAAUUUGGCUA